AUGGAAUGUUAUCAAAUUUAUACCAUUACGGUACUUUUGUUCCUACCGAUAUUGGCGGCGAAUCCGCCUAAUUGUACUCAAUAUGGCGUCUGUACUCAAUUUGUGCCAGCACCGCCAGGGCAAAUACCAAAUUGUGCCAUACACGAAGGUUCGACAUAUUGCGAACAGUUAGAUUAUUAUCCGAGGCAGCUCAUCAUGUACCUGAUACAAAAAUGGGGAUACGAUUUUAAUACAUUGCUUAACAAUGAAUCAACCGAUGAAUUUGUCUACAGGAGGCAACAAGAAUUUUAUGGUCCACCAUCUUAUCGUCCACCACCACCACCACAAUAUUAUUACAACAGGGGAUCCCCACCAAUAAUUCAACCAUCGAUAUCAUAUGGUCCAUUGUCUUUUAAUACAUCACACACGAGCCAUGUAAGUUAUCCCGAUAGAACAUAUAAAAUCGAUCCUCAUUUAUUAACAAAUGCCCUUCAACAACCACCAGGAUAUUAUUCAGAAGGUCAUUUUAUCAACAAUCAACAACCGGAACAAGGGUUUUUAUAUUCACCUCCACCGCCUUCUUUACAUCAAUCACAACAUCGUUCGGUACAAUGGUAUAAAAGAUCAAAGGAUUCGCAGACGAGAAAAAAAAGGCAAAAUACUCCGGAUGGUGUCACUCAAUUAUGUCCGACAUCGACUAAUUUUAUUAUGCCAAAAGCUGCACUCAACACGAGGGGAAGUUGGAUGUAUACGGUUAAUUUGAAAGAAAUCGAUGAUAAAUACACACAAUUGGUACGAAGUGAAACAUGCGUUGUAACGGUUUAUGCAGUCUCCCUAACGGUUACACGUCACGUUGCCAACAGAAAUACGUUCAAAAACGUCUAG